GUGCGUAAGAAGGAAACGAGUAGCGUGCUUGAAAAAUCGAACAAAUUUGAAAAGUAACGAAACGUGUUCGCUUCUGGGUUGACCCUCCUUCGUUUUCACCUUAAUUUUUAGGGUUUCAUCUUCCUUUUCGCUCAUUCCCAAUUUCUCAAUCUCUCUCUCUAUCUCUCUCUGCUCCUCAGCUUCUACGCCUUCGAUUUCGAUUCAAUCACUCCCACUUGUUUUAUGGAGGUAUAGAUAGAUGAUGGGAAAAGGUGUUUCAAGGGAGAGCUUUCAACCCAAGACGUGCUCUGGGAAGAAAGAGAAUUUCAAAAAUGUUGUGUUCAUUGAUGAUGACAGUGAUCCAUUUGACGAUGUGGAGAUCAUAGAUUUCCCCGAGUUCAAGUCUAAGUCGCAUGGAUACGGUGCACCGAGUAGGGACAGGGUGCAUACACCGCAGAGUGUUAUCAGCAUUGAUGAUGAUGAUGAUGAUGAUGACGAGGAAAGUGAUGAUGCGGAGGCUCCUGGAAUUGUUGCUGGAGGUGUUGGGGAGUGGGAUAGCGAUGAGUCCUCCAGCAAAAGGCUUUCUCCGGACUCAAUGGCCAAGCGAAAUUCUAUACAUAUAGAUGUUGAUGCUGAAGUGCUAAAAAGUAGGAAAGCCAGCUCUGCAAAUGAUACUGGCAGAAAUCGCUAUGGUUUAAAUGGGUCUGGAAGUGAGUCAUCAGAUAGUGAUUGCUCCGAUUGCGAACUCAUGGAUCGUGAACAAUGGGAAAAGAUUUCACUUAAGAGAAAACGCUGUGUGUUUAAUGAUCAACCUUUUUAUGAUGACCAGCCUAGUUCUUCUGGAUUACAUUGUAAUAGUAAUGUUUACAUUGAUGUUGAUGACGAAUAUAGGACUGAACAGAAUGCUGGAGGCACAGAAGAUUCUGGUCCUGCCAAUGGUAAAUAUUUCAAGGAGUAUCAAUCUUCUUCUGUUAAGGGUGAUAGUCAAGUAGAUGGGAUAUAUUUUAAUCUUGGGGCAGAAAAUCCUAUCAAGGAUUCUGAUAAGAAAGUUGAGUGGGAAGAUUUUAAAUCUUCUUUAUUUGAAUCCACAGAGAAAAUGGAACAGUUGCAUGGGAGUUCUGAUAUUGAGCGUGGAAAAAGUACAAGCAGCAAAGAUUUCUCUUCCAGCACCCAGUUUAAAAACUACAAUUUCUGUAGUGGUGAUGCUGGUGUUUCAAGGUUCAUGAAAGAAUUCAGUGUUAAAGAGUCUAACUUUGUGAACUUGAGCCAAGAAGCAUCUGAGAGGCAAGUUAGCAAUACUGGAUCUGCACUGAAGAGUAAAUCUGACAAUUUAUCUGAAGUGAAUUCUGACUGUGCCACUGUUGAUGAAGAACAUGUUAAUUGUGAUGAGCUUGCUUUAAAGGAUCAAGAUUGUGGUCUUGUUGCUUUCAAUGACAAUAGAGAUAUAAUUAGUGAAAGAGAAAAGCUUAAGGAGACUGAUGAAUAUAAACAAGCAAUGGAAGAGGAAUGGGCAUCUAGGCAGCGACAAUUGCAAAUUCAGGCAGAGGAAGUGCAGAGAUUACGCAAAAGAAAAAAGGCUGAAAAGCGCUUACUGGAUAUGCAAAGAAGGCAAAAAGAACGCAUUGAAGAAGUGAGAGAGACCCAAAAGAAGGAUGAGGAAUUUAUGAACCUGAAAGAGAAAUUGCGGGUUGAAAUACAGAAGGGGCUUAAUCAAUUGGAGAUGCAAUGCCAUGAUAUGACCUCACUGCUUCGUGGCUUAGGAAUACAUGUGGGAGGAAGCUUUAUCCCUUUGCCCAAUGAGGUGCAAGCAGCCUAUAAACGUGCCCUGUUUAAGUUUCAUCCAGACCGUGCAUCAAAAACUGAUAUUCGUGCCCAGGUUGAGGCCGAGGAGAAGUUCAAGCUCAUCUCUCGGUUGAAGGAGAAGUUUUUGUUGACCUCAUGUCACUAAAUGCUUACAACUGAAUAAAUGUGGUUGUCGGUAUUUGGUGUUUUAAUUGAAGUGCUAUUACGUCAUAGGCUUAUUUGUUGGUAUUCUUAUUUUAACUGUAUUUAUUAGUCUCCCCUUCUUCCCCCCUAAAUUUACAGCAGAUAAUAGGUUAAUGGACUAGAAUAUGUGAAGAUCUUGUCUCUUAACAAAUGUUAAUAUUUUUUUGGGAAUGGACAGUAACAUUGAUAUUACUGUCCUCACCAUGCUAUUUAUUGGGCACACUUUUUUUUUUUUUUUUUUUUUUUAGGAAAAUACGUGCAUUAAAAUUGAGAGUUUGAGGCCUGCAUAACUUCCGCGAAAUCCGAUUCCAUCUAUACACACUCACUCAGGAAAAGAUGGGCCAAGAGAAGCCGAAAGAUGAGCUGGUUCACUAUCUGACCUACCAAACUUGUUAAAUGAUGAAAUUUCUUAAGGUAGCAAGCUGAUGGAAAGUCAUUCAAAAUUUUAAUCUUGUUUGGUCUGCCUUCAUUGCUCUUGAAACAGGAUACUACCAGUGGAGAAUCAGAUUCAACUCCUUCCACGUGACGUUGCAGUGUAGUAAUUGGAGAGACCCCAACAAAAUAGCAGCCACAUGGUCUUUGCACAACGCAACAAUAACGAAUUGUGCCAUUUGUAAAUCCAGUAACAACAUUAAUUUGUACCAGCUAAAACUAACGAGGGUUGGGAGUGAUUCCUCAAUGUUGUCGCCACGCAUAGGUGUCCUUAUCUUCCACAAGUUGUUCCAUAGAUCACCAUCCGGAGCAAAUUUAGUGUAUUUGUUUUGCCGUUAACAUGUUCUGGUGCAGGUUGUGGCCAAUCAGGAAAUCUUGUGACAUUGAGUUUACAAUUUGUGUGUGAAGCCUAAAAGAAAAUAUUCAUGCUGA